ACCAUUAUUAGGCACUGUGAUGUACAUAUUCAGAUACAGCUGUUCUUGUGACAGUACAACAGUUUGGUGGACAGCGUGUGGGAAACGUAGAAAGAGUCUCUGGAAUAAAUCUCCUUGGAAAAAAAAAAUGGAUUCCACUCGAAGAUUUGGGAAAUACAGAGUGGAGCGGGAAGUGCUGGAUGAGCAGAGAUUGGAGGAGGUAACGCAGAGAAAAGCAUACUCUGAAACUCACCCUUCUCUCACCCAACGUCUCAAAGACUCCUUCAGAUGCACAGUACCCAGACUGAAACAUAGUGUGAUGAGCAGCUUGCCUGUGUUGUACUGGCUUCCCAAGUACUCAGUCUGGGACUACGGCAUGCCUGACCUCAUCGCCGGCAUCAGUGUGGGCAUAAUGCACCUGCCACAGGGUAUGGCAUAUGCAUUGUUGGCUUCCUUACCUCCUGUAUUUGGGCUCUACACAUCACUCUAUCCAGCAUUCAUCUACAUCUUUUUUGGAACGUCACGUCAUAUAUCCAUCGGUACGUUCACUGUACUCAGCAUCAUGGUGGGUAGUGUGACAGAGAGACUGGCUCCAGACGUGGAUUUUCUCAAAACAAAUGGGACCAACAUCACAACAGAGGUGGACAUAACAGCCCGGGACUCAUACAGGGUGCAAGUGGCGGCUGCUACGACUGUCCUCGGAGGACUGAUUCAGGUGGUGUUGGGUUUGGUAAAGUUUGGAUUUGUGGGAACGUACUUGUCUGAGCCUCUGGUGCGCGCUUACACAACGGCUGCUGCAGCCCAUGCGGUGGUGGCACAACUGAAGUACAUCUUUGGAGUUUCGCCAACACGAUUCAGUGGUCCCUUGUCACUGGUGUAUACUCUGAAGGAUGUUUGCUCCUUGCUGCCACACACUCAUCUUCCCACACUGGUGGUCAGCGCUGUGUCCAUGGUGUUCCUGAUUGCAGCCAAGGAGUUCAACUCUUUUCUGCGACCAAAACUGCCAGUGCCCAUCCCAGUGGAGCUCAUCACAAUUGUGGCGGGGACACUGAUCUCAUCCUAUUCACACUUGAACGGCAACUACACGAUUUCAGUUGUUGGAGAAAUUCCAAGUGGUCUCAGUUCUCCCAGUGUGCCAGAUGUGAGUCUGUUUGGAGAAGUUAUUGGUGAUGCUUUUGCAUUGGCCAUUGUUGGCUAUGCCAUAUCAAUUUCACUAGGCAAAACGUUUGCACUGAAACAUGGAUACAAGGUGGACAGUAACCAGGAGCUGGUCGCGCUGGGUCUCAGUAAUACAGUGGGAGGCUUCUUCCAGUGCUACUCUGUCUGCCCCUCAAUGUCUCGAAGUCUCAUCCAAGAGACAACUGGAGGAAAAACACAAAUGGCAGGUGUGGCCUCAGCUCUGGUUGUGUUGGUGACUAUACUGAAGCUUGGACCUUUGUUCCAGGAGCUGCCGAAGGCUAUCCUUGCAGCGAUUGUCUUUGUAAAUCUGAAGGGCAUGUUCAAGCAGUACUCAGAUAUUGUUACACUGUGGAAAAGAAGCAAAAUUGAUCUGGUGGUGUGGUUGGUCACUUGGGUGUCAACACUGCUGUUCAAUCUGGAUCUGGGUCUGGCAGCAUCGAUCAUCUUCGCUCUGCUCACCGUUAUCUUCAGAACUCAGAUGCCAACAUAUUCUGUUCUGGGAAAUGUUCCAGGUACAGAACUGUAUGUGGAUAUAGAGACACACAAAGAGGCAAGGGAGAUUCCAGGUGUUACUAUAUUUCGCUCUUCUGCCACAGUGUAUUUCGCCAAUGCUGAGCUCUACCUUGAAGCUCUGAAAGAAAAGAGUGGGCUUGACAUCAGUAAAAUGAUCAUCUAUAAGAGGAGGCAGGAGGCCAAACAGAGACGUAGAGAGCGAAGGGCCGAGAGACGAGCAAAAAGGCAAGCCAAGAGAGAGAGACGGGCACAGGGGGCAGCGAAACGGCAGUCUGGAGCGCCUGUGCUCUCUGUGGAGGAGGAUGCCGGCCGCUGGGCAGACACGUGCAUGGACGGGGCCAUUACAGACAAUGAGGAGCAGGGCUGGACUGAGAGGGAGAACGGAACAGUGUUUGUCAUCCCAGUCACUCCACGAACACCAGACGGUCCUUGUAGGUGGGAGUACCUGAAAGGAGGAGAUCCAGAUUGCACCAGUUUAGGGUGGAUGUCUGAGCUGCAAGACGGGGACACCACCACUCUGGGGUCCAGUAGUGAUGACACGCUGAGUCACGACCUGGAGCGGGUCUCUCUCGGAUCACUGGGGAAGUGGACCUGGGACAUUCACUCCAUCAUCAUUGACCUCUCCACAGCCAACUUCAUUGACACUGUGGCUAUCAAGACUGUGAAAAAUAUUUUCCAGGACUUCAGUGAGAUUGAUGUGGAUAUCUACCUGGCUGGUUGCCAAGCCUCUGUGGUGGAACAACUAGAGCGUGGUGACUUCUUCUCUGAGUCGAUUACAAAGAGGAGUCUCUUUGCCUCCGUUCACGAUGCUGUACUCUACUGUCUGAACCAUCAAGGAGCCACAUCGUUCCCCAGAUACGAACCUUCAAUGGACACAUACAACAGCACGAAACUUUAAGGACUUCCACCAAAGACGGAAUUCAGUACUGAGGAUGAAAAACAUCAUCUCAACGUCUACUUGAUAAAAUGUUCGAGGCUGCGAGCUGAGCAUAAUAUUAAUAUUUCAUGUGAAUUACUGAUUAAAUAUUUGAAUGUGUCCCUUUCA